AAAUGAGCAAUUGUGUGUCUGCGAGAGAGUGCGUGCAUAUGGUCCAUGACUUACAAGAAAGGAAGAGGCUCAGCGAGAGAGCAGAACCGGGCCGGACGAGGCUGCUCGGUUGGGUGGUAGCGGAUGAGGAGCCGCGGGACUUUCUGAGCCGACAGCCGAGGAUGCCUCUCCGUGGGCGAAGGAUGCUCUGGGGCUGUGCAGGGAUGCUCCUCUGCCUGGCCGGGUUGCUCCUGCCUCGGAGCGCCGCCUCGCCCUGCCUGGAGCAGUGCAGGUGCUACAUGAACACCUUGUUCUGCCAGGAGCCCAACACCAUCCAGAACUUGGCGCAGCUGCGGGGCUUGGAGAACUUCACAGAAAUAGUCAUUGAGAACCAGAUUGGUCUGACAAACUUGACUCAGGAUGACAUGAAGAAUCCUCGAGAGCUGAAGAACCUAACCAUUUCAAGGACACAGCUGCAGUUCAUUGCACCAGACACCUUCAGAGGCAGCCUGAACCUGACGCAUGUGAACCUGGCCUACAACCAGCUGCACUUCCUGUCCUGGAGGCUCUUCCACCACCUCCAUCUCCAGGAGCUGGUGCUGAUCGGGAACCCUCUCCAGUGCACCUGCCGCCUCCGGUGGCUGCAGGUGUGGCAGGAGAGCAGGCAGGCCGAGUCCUUGGGCAACCAGUCCCUUCACUGUGUGGCAGAGGGCGAGAAGGUGAUCCCUGUGGCUAACAUGACCAUUGCAGGCUGUGAAUUCCCGAGGGUCUGGAUUGAGUACAACCAGGAGCCCUUGGGAGAGGGAGAGAGCGUCACCCUGACCUGCAACUUCACUGGAGAGCCACGGCCAGAUGUGCGCUGGUUGCUGCCGAACAUCUGGAUGGACCUUCCUCCCCGCAUCACCCAGAAGUCUGAGUCUGAACUCCAGCUGCAGAUCUGGAAUGUCUCCUCUGACUUCAACCUCCAGAAUAUCACCUGCCAGGCAGAGAAUGAAGCUGGACUUGCAGAGGAUGUGGCCCAGCUGAAUGUGACGUUUCCUGCUGUGAUUGUUGAGGUGGGCUCCGUCCUGCGACAGUUCCACAAGGAGUGCAUCCCCUUCAUUGUGAACGGCAACCCCACGCCCCACAUCUGGUGGCAGCUGGACGGCGAAGCGCUGCAUGAGAAUGACUUCAUGUACACCUUCUUCUUCUCACGUGAGGAGAAGAACACCACAAAGGUCCAUGGGUGCCUGAACUUCGACAACCCCACGCACGUCUCCAAUGGCAACUACACACUGCUGGUGCGCAACGAGCUGGGCAACGACUCCUGCACCACCUACCAGCACUUCAUGGACCCCCCUGGGGUGGGCAUUCGUCCAGAGGAUCCCAUUCCUGUUUCCCUAUCGCCAGUGGGAAAAGGUGACAUGAACAGCACUGAGCGUGGAGGGCCAGUGGAGACUCCUGAGGAGCACACCAUUGGGAUCUCAGUGGCCGUGGUCCUGGCAGUCUGUGCCUGCCUCUUCCUCUCCAUCAUGCUGAUCAUCCUCAACAAGUGUGGGCAGCACUCCAAGUUCGGAAUUAACCGGUCAGCUGUGUUGGCGCAAGAGGAUGACCUGGCCAUAUCCCUGCAGUUCAUGAACUGGGGCAGCAGCCCCCUUUCCUCUGCGGAGAGCAAGCUGGACGCCCUCAAGACCAACUUCAUUGAGAACCCCCAGUACUUCUGCAAUGCCUGUGUCCACCACAUCAAGCGCAGGGACAUCGUCCUGAAGUGGGAGCUGGGAGAGGGAGCCUUUGGCAAAGUCUUCCUGGCUGAGUGCUACAACCUCAGCUCUGUUCAGGAGAAGAUGCUGGUGGCCGUCAAGACCCUGAAGGAAGCCACAGAGAACGCCCGCCUGGACUUCCAGCGUGAAGCAGAGCUGCUGACAGUCCUGCAGCAUGAACACAUCGUCAAGUUCUACGGGGUCUGCACUGACGGGGAGCCCCUCGUCAUGGUCUUUGAGUACAUGAAGCACGGAGACCUCAACCGCUUCCUCAGGUCCCAUGGACCUGAUGCCAAGAUCCUGGACAAUGGGAACGGACAGUCCUUUGGCCAGCUGAACCUUGGCCAGAUGCUGCAGGUGGCCACUCAGAUCGCCUCCGGGAUGGUCUACUUGGCCUCCCUGCACUUUGUCCACCGGGACCUGGCAACGCGGAACUGCCUGGUGGGCCACAACCUGGUGGUGAAGAUUGGGGACUUUGGCAUGUCCAGGGACAUCUACAGCACCGACUACUACCGGGUUGGGGGCCGGACAAUGCUGCCCAUCCGCUGGAUGCCCCCAGAGAGCAUCCUGUACCGGAAAUUCACAACAGAGAGUGACAUCUGGAGCUUCGGGGUGGUCCUCUGGGAGAUUUUCACCUAUGGGAAGCAGCCCUGGUACCAACUCUCCAACACGGAGGCUAUUGAAUGCAUCACCCAGGGGCGUGAGCUGGAGAGGCCCCGGACGUGCCCCUCGGAGGUCUACGACAUCAUGCAGAGCUGCUGGCAGAGAGAGCCGCAGCAGCGGCAGAGCAUGAAGGACAUCCACAGCCAGCUGCAGACCCUGGUCAAGGCGCCCCCUGUCUACCUGGAUGUCCUCAGCUAAGGCUGGGGCGGGGCGGGAGGAGCGUGAAGGAGGGAGAGGUGGGCAGUCGGGUGCCAGCUUCUCUGCACCUCCCCAGCGCCCACCAAGAGUUGCACGCCAUGAACCCUGGAGACCUCGCUGCCAUGGCCGGCUGCUGGAUGGUGCUGGUGAAAGCUCUCCCCGUGUCUCCCCCCCCCAGCACCUCUAUACCUGGCAGAGGAGCGAAUGGCAAGGCAGCAGGUUCCCCAUCCACUAAAAGGGCCUCUUCCUUUGGGGGUCCCUAAAAUGCCUGCAGAAGCCAAGAGCUGCGUUUUCCUCCGGAGGCUGAUGCCCCUUUCAGGCUUUUGCUCCUGGACAGACAACAAGAUGCCCAGCUUGAAGGAUGGGCACAUGGGAGGCACCAGCUCCCCCUCUGUGUUGGGAGAAGGAGGAGGAUGGCUCAGCGCCUGGUGUCUCCUGGGACUGGACCUCCCAACCGCUUCCCUCCCUCGACUCCAGGAUGACAAAGGGGGGGGGCUGUAUGUAUUCCACAACAUGUUGGGGUUGGGAGGGGGGAAGAAACUGUUGCCGCUGCUGCUAAGAAAUAGCUUGUUUAUUGUCCUAAGCGUUAGUUUUUCAUUAUAAAAAUAGCUUGUGGGGGAGGGGGAGGGGGGCCCCAGGGAUUUAAAAAGCUUCAUGAAGUGGGGUGUGUUUCCUGAGAUGUGGGGGGCAGAGGAGGGGCUUCCCAGUUAGGGGUUAGAGACCAAGCCAGGGGGAAGGAAGGCCAAGUCCUGCCUGCUGGUCUCUUCCUUGAUUCUCAAUUCUCAACCAUCUGGGGCUGAAGCCAGACUCUUCUCAAUGGGGCUCUUGGGGGUCCCAGGCCUCCUUCCUCAGUUGGGGGGCUCCCUGCAGGUGAGCCGCUAAAGAGAGGCAGGCAGAGGAGGAGACGGAAGACGGAGAGCCGAGCAGGGCCUCAUCCAUCCAGGGCGUGAGCAACUCUGGGGAGCAAGCCUGAGGCCCGGCCUGCCAUUUCACUCCCCAGAGACACAAUGCAAGACAAUUGCCUCCUUGUGUCAAUGGGGGGGGGGGGCUUGCCCUAACCCCUCCCCCAGCUAACCAGAUUUCAGUCUGGAUUCGUACCAGGGCUUUUGAUUUGGCCCACGGGUCUCUUCUGGGAGAGCCAUGCCCACCUGGCACCAGGGAGGUUGGCACCUUGGGACCCAGCCUGCUUCAUGGUUUCCCUGGGCAGCAUCCAUGUGCUGAGGCCCCCGCUAGGGUGCUAGUGGCCUUUCCCCUCGACUGGACCCCUCCCCACUCAGCCCGGCUUGCGCAAGUCCACCACAGGCUGUGGCCCUUCGUCUGUGGGCAGGGGAGCCUCUCCCUCUCGGAAGGCUGCCUGUCACAUUCUGAAGCAGAUGCUGAGAAUAUACUGUGCUAAAUAAUGAAAUAAAGUCUCCUGUCUGACUGACUCAAA